AGGAACAGAGAUACAACCAAAAAUGGACACUGAAAAGGUGCAGAAGAAUCAGUGUGAUAUGAAAACAGAUCUGAACUUACUACUUGAAUGCCUUAAAUAUCAGAUGGACUGCCCUCUGUCUCAGAAGGAAGCUUUGAUCACUAUUUACUCAAUUUGUCAACAAAACAGUGAAGCAAGUGAAUAUUUUCGAGAAAUUGGUGGUUUGAUGUUUAUAAAUGACCUUGCCAAAUCAAGUGCUCAUGGCAUAGUAAAGGAAGCAGCUUUGUUUACACUGGGCAUUAUUAUAGAGAGUAAUGUGUAUUGUCAACAGACUUCCUGUACUUCUGCAUUGUUUGAAGACCUCAUUUUAUUUUUAAUUAAUAAGGAUUCUGGUGUGAACUUGAAAAGAAUGUCUGUUUAUGUCAUCUUAGUACUGGUUUCAAAUAAUAAAAACGGGCAAACCUAUGUCAGAGACACGGGCUGCAUCAGCCUGCUGCUGCAGCUCUUCAGAACAACCCUGUCCGGGUGUGAGCUGGAGCUGUCGGAUGCGCACACGGAGCAGCGCUACCAGCUGUGGAGCUCGGUGUGCAGCGCCCUCUGUGCCUGCGUGAACAACCCCCAGAACGAAGAUAAUCAGAACAUUUGCUGCUCAGUUUUCCCCUAUGCCAAGGAGUGGCUGGAGAGUUGCACAGAGCCUGGCAUAGUUCGGCCCAUUUGUUCAUUUGUUGGUCUCACAGUUGCAAAUAACUCAUAUGUGCAGAAAUAUUUUGUUUCUAUUGGUGGAUUGGAUACAUUAGCUAAAGUUCUCCUCGAGCUUAUGCAUGAUUCCUGUUUGAGCCACUCUGGCACAAAACUUGCAGUAGUAGUAACCAAGACUCUGGAUGCCUGCAUUGCUAAUAACUCUGCCAUGGGGGUUGUCUUGGCAAAGUAUCACACCGUGGCAGAGCUGCUGAAGCUGCUGUGCAACGAGACACUGAACACAGGAGAAAAAGUCAGCAUUAUUCUGACAAUUGGACACUGUACUGAAGUUUGUGAAGAAAACCAGUGUGAACUGCUUCAGAACAAUGGCCUUCCACUUAUGAUUCAGGUAUUAACAGAAUCUCAGGAUGAGGAACUGAUCAAAGCUGCUACUUUUGUGCUGCAGAACUGCAAACAGAUGACUGAACAAUUGUCUCUGAAAAUAAAUGAUAAUUCAUUAAGUGUGAGCAAUGAAGAAGAAUUGGAUGUGCAAGUCAGGAAAAGAAGUCUACAAGACUACUGGAAGAAAGCAAAUGAAAUUUUACACAGAAUAAACUUGAUUGAACAACAACAUGCUGAGGAAGGACUGCAAGGAGGAGUGUUUGUGGAUGGAUCCUCAAAUCCAGCCAAUUCUGAAGCAUUGAAAUCCCAUGAGGUGAAUCCUGCUGGUCCAAAAAUGUACCUGGAAAGAGCACACAAAGAAGAUCAUAGCCCACAGUUGACCUUGAAGUUGGAUGGUCAGGUUCUUGCUCCAGCUGUAAACUGUCCUCCAAGAAAAAGUGAAACAGUGAACACCACAGAUGCAGCUUCUGCUGGACAGAGUGGACAGAGCAAUAUUCCAUGUUCAGGGAGUGGACUGCAAACAGACAGAGCACUGCAAAGUCACAGUGGGAAUGACAAAACUGCCUGUGUAAAAAAUCAGUCUGUUCCUCUAGCAAGUGAACAGUUAUUUCAACCACCAGCAGAGCCUGUUAGAAAUAGGACACAGACAUGCACAGCAGAUCAAAAUUCAUCCUACUCAGAGAUAACCAGGAAACACAAAAGUACUUCAGCAACAUCUUCAUCCCAUAAAAUGGCAGAUUUAAGGUGUUCAGGUUGUGCAGCAGGAGGACUGUCCUUCAACAGUAGAACCUUCACCACGGUGUUACAAAGUUGUCAGCACCGCUGUGACCAUCACCGAGUCCUCCUGGAAGCUGAGCAGCGCUACAGGGAGGAGCUCUGCCAGUCGGCUCUGUGGAACAGCGGCACCCCCAGGACUCACGACAAAAUAAUGCUGGCCCCAGUGAGGAAAGACAGGCUGCAUACAGAAACAUCAACAUUUAGGAGCAAAAGGGAUAGUUUCCAAAGUAUUCUGUUGACUCCAAGUAGAAAAACCAAGCCUAAUACUUCAAACAGAGAUGAACAUCAUAAAAAUAUUAGGUGGACUGGCAAUUAUAACUUGACACCUGCCUAUGGAAAGUCUUUACAAAAAACCCAAGAUGCCAACUUGAAGAGACAAGGAGUCAAAGAAAUGUGCAACCAAUGUCAGCACUUCCAAGAAAAUUGCAUCCAUGCACUUGAGAAAGAUGAGAGCAAUGAAAUAUGUCCCCUGGACAUGAACACGAGAACCUUGAACAAGAGAAGAAGAAGAACCCGAAAAGAUUUCACGACUGAAGAAAUUAAGUGUCUUUUGAAUGGAGUAAAGGAAAUGGGUAAUCACUGGAAUUUAAUUUUGUGGUCUUACCCAUUUCAGAAAGGACGGACAAGUGUUGAUCUUUCCAAGAAGUACUACAGGUUACAGAAGCAGGUAGUCACAGUCUAAUUUUCUAUGAGUUCUAAAUGCUGUGAGCUCAGUUUUCAUAAUUUGCCCCUGAACUGAUUUGCAGAAAAAGCAGGCUUUCAGGAUUUGUAGCCCAUGGCAUUGUGCUUUGUGUCAGUUCAGUGCUGUGCUACCAAUGGGAAUGGUCUCUUAUGGAAUUCCAUCAGGGCUUGUGCUUGGAGAGAGAGAGCUAAAGUAGGAAAAUAUCAGAGAGCCUUUGAACCUGCCAGGGUACAAAGAGAAAGAGUGUCAGCUCAGGACUCUGAACUAAUCCCUGUGUUUAUCAGGAAGUUGGUAUUUCCUCUGUUCAGCCUCUUUUCCUGGUGCUGGUUUGUGACUCUCCAGCAGUUUCCUGGGGGUUGAUCAGUACAGGCCUCACACAGAGGUGCUG